AGUAACAAAACAACUAUGGGUAAGAAAAGGAAACUUGCAAAAGAUAACGAUUUAGAGUACGACCCGGUGCCCAAGCAUCUUGUAACUUCACACAUUAAGAAACAAGAGAAGCGUCUUAUCAUUAUUCUGGAAAAUGCGCAGCUGGAAACUGUUAAAAAUGGCAGUAACUUCGAGUUAUUGAACUGUGAUGAUCACGCUCAUAUUUUACGAAAAAAUGACCGUGUCCCGGGUUCCUGCCGACCAGAUAUUACACACCAAUCCCUCCUGAUGUUAAUGGACUCUCCACUAAAUAGAGCUGGCUUACUACAAGUGUAUAUUCACACGGAGAAAAAUGUUCUCAUUGAAAUCAACCCUCAGACCAGAAUACCUAGGACUUUUAAAAGAUUUGCUGGACUUAUGGUGCAACUCCUCCACAAAUUUGCUAUAAGAGCGUCAGAUGGUCCAAUGAAGCUUCUAAAAGUCAUAAAAAAUCCAGUAACUUCACAUUUGCCAGUAGGUGUAAGGAAGAUCACAAUGUCAUUUAGUUCCAAAAUGGUGAAAAAUUGCAGGGACCUUGUCCCAAAAGAUGAACCAAUAGUCUUAAUAAUUGGGGCAAUGGCCCAUGGGAUGGUGGAGGUGGAUUAUUCAGAAGACGUGAUAUCAAUUAGUAAUUAUCCAUUGUCAGCUGCAUUAACUUGCUCAAAAUUGUGUUCGGCUUUUGAAGAAGUUUGGGAUGUUGUGUGACAGAGUUUGUUGAUGGA